UUCCGGCUGGCAGGGCAGACAUGCUGCUGAUUCACACACAGAAGUGAAACAACGUCCUGUAUUUAUAGAAUAUAAACAUGCCACUGAGAUAAACAGUGGAAACUAAGCGGCAGUAUCUUCUGGCAGGUUACCAUGGUCCCGACAGACUUGAAAGCCCUGAUCCAGAGGUUUUAUCACCUUCAGUCUGAGCGGGUGGAGACGUAUCAGCUCUUUGAAGAAGGACAUGAGGCCUACUUGAGGACGGGGCCCCAUUAUGACUUCGACCACUACAGGCAGCUGGUCAACGAGAUAACGCAGGCCUUCUGCGGCAUCUCCAAGGAAAUGCUGGAGAUCAAGGGGAGGCUGCACAACGAGUUUGACAGGCCAGCUCUAUCCGAGCACAUUGAAAAGCUGCAGAGCAAAGAGAAGCAGAAACUGGAACUGACAGCCAAGCUGCAGCUGGCCAGGCAGCGGGCCCAGGAUCACCCGGAGGACGAGGACUGUCAAGAACAGAUUCAGGAGAUCAAGCAAGAGAUCAUCAAGAACAAAGAGGCCCUGAGUGAAAUCAUGCAGGACUUUAAGUAUGACUCUGAGGAGUUUGAUUGACAGGUGGCUCCCAGGAGGCCUUCAGAGAUGACAGGUCAGCUCUGCUGUUGACUCCUCAGCUGCACUUAUCGAUCCCUCUCUGGCUCCGCCCUGCUCGCUGCAGCAGUCUUACUCCACCCAGGGGGACUUUUCACAUUAUGGCUCUGUGUGUUUCUAUUUGUAGUCAGGUGCUUUUUUUGUUAAUGCAUACCUCAGCAAAAAAAGAAAGAAAUGUAAAUACUCUAGAGUUUGAAUAAUUCCUGGUAGUUCAUACCCGCUGUCUUUGUUUAUUUGAUGAGUUGUAUUUUUAAAAAAUAAAAAGAGAAGUU